AUGGAGCCUCCUCCCCCAGAAAAAGAAAGUGGCGGCGAAACGGGAGCAGAUCGAGCGGAAAGGUCAGACAAGGAGGUAACACGCGCGGCGGGACAGAAGAAGGCGGGGACAUCCACGAGUGGUGUACACGGAGCCUGGCGGGAGGUCGGAUUGGAUGAGCGGACUGGAACUGGAACUGAAGCUGGGCCGGAGGAAGCAUGCGUUGAACCGAAAGUGCUACCAAAUGUAAGGGUGCGCGCUCUUGAACAUGAAGCGGUUGGCUGUGGCUCGCCGCAACGAGCGUACGCACGACCGUCGUGG